AGAUAAAGAGUUCAGUCACAGGCGCUUCUGUCACGUACAAGUCCCAGCAUCCGUCUUCCAUGUUUCGCCCAUUGCCUGUAUAUACUUGGCUCCGCCCCCAGCCUUGCUUACAAUUUAGAGAAAAGGGGCGGCGGUUACUGCUUAUCUUCUCCAAUUGAGAGAAGCGCCUUCUUCUCAGCAGCAGCAGCACCGAGACGCAGGAAGCAUUUCGUCUUCAUCAUAUGACACAAAACCCGACAGCCUGGAAUUCAGAGCGUAGCCUGUGCAUUUACCGCAUAUUCCAUUUCCAAUCUGAACACUUUGUGGAUAGAAAUCUAGUCCCAUCAUCCAAGAGAAAAUCAGAUAAAGCAGGAUGGACGGGUUGCAGUGAAGAGCCUUCCUCCCAUAGAGACGAGCAGUAAGAGGGAGGAUGCUGCUACAUCUCUGCAAGGUCAGGAUCGCCCUUUGAGACAGAGCAGCCACCAUCAGCAGCAUCAUUAGCAGCGGCUGUGGAGAUUUUCCUCAUCUUUCCUUUGUGCUUGUUAAACACCUAGAAGGAUCUUCUGCGGCCUUCGGGGAGAAGCAAUGCCUGUUCCAGCUCAGCCAUCAUGUUCAGAUAAAACUAGUUCAUCCAGCCCCGAAAUGAACAUUUCAAAUCGUGAUGCUUCUGAGGCAGAAACAACUUCAGCUAUUUUGGCCUCUGUUAAGGAACAGGAACUGCAGUUUGAAAGAUUAACUCGAGAACUAGAGGCCGAACGUCAAAUUGUUGCCAGCCAGCUGGAGAGAUGCAAGCUUGGAUCAGAAACUGGCAGCAUGAGUAGUAUUAGUUCAACGGAGGAUCACUUUCGGUGGCAAACACAAGAGGGUCAAAAAGACAUAGAGGAUGAAUUAACAACUGGCCUAGAACUGGUUGAUUCAUGCAUUAGAUCUUUGCAAGAGUCUGGCAUUCUUGAAUCACAAGAUUUUGCAUCCAGUAAACGGCCCAGCCUCCUAUCCCAGAGUACCCUACAGCUAAAUUCUAAAUCUGAAGGGUCCUUCCAGUAUUCAUCAAGCUACACUGGGUGCACUGGUGCACUUCUUGCACUGGGUGAAACAUCAGCAUUACAGCCCCAGAGCCGCAACAAUCAAGCCAGAUCUUCUGUUCAGAACUACAGUCAAAGCACAGGUAGCAGAGUAGCUCAGUCAUCCGGUACUGAGCCACCCCAAACACAUGCUGUGUCUCACUCAAGAGAAUCCUUUGUGCCAAGCCAUGGGAGUGCUUUUCAUUUGCCUGACUCUCCACAUUCUUCAACACUUUUUUAUUCAAGUUCAACUUUGCCAGCACAGAGAGUUAGCUCUCCCUUAUCAAUGCAGCAAGCAGGCUCUCCAACUAAGCUCCAGCGGGUGGGCUCUGCAUCAGAAAGUACUGGCUAUAAUACCACACAGAGAAUUUCUUCUCCAAAACAAUCUCCUAGUCGACUUGCCAAAUCCUACAGUACCAGUUCACCUAUCAACAUAAUUGUAUCAUCGGCAGGACCUUCUCCUUCAUCUGCGCGGGUGACCUCUCCACCAACCAUCCAAUCUUCGCCUUUACAUCAGCUGAGUUCAGCAAUUGGUUCAUAUGCAACUCUAUCACCUACAAAACGAGUAGUUCAUUCCUCUGAUCAGUACACCAAGCCUUCACAAGAACUAUAUGCCACAGCAACAUUGCAGAGACCUGGCAGUUUAGCAGCGGGAUCCCGAGCAUCGUAUACUAGUCAACACAGCCAUAUAGGUCCUGAACUAAGGCCACUACAAUCACCAGAGCAUCAGAUCGAGCCUAUUUAUGAAGAAAGAGUGUUUCAGAAGCCACAAAUGCGAAGCCUAAGCCAAAGUCAGGGAGAACCAGUACUACCAGCACAUACCACCUCCUAUCGCACCAACACAGCCCCAUCUUCCCCUGGUGUCGACUCCAUACCUUUACAGCGUACAGGCAGCCAACAUUGCUCUCAGAAUGCAACAGGGACCUUCCAGAGGGCCAGUUAUGCUGUAGGCCCUGGCUCCAGUUAUGUAGACCCUUACCGACAGCUGCAGUAUUGUCCAUCUGUUGACUCACCCUACAGUAAAUCUGGGCCAGCUAUACCACCUGAAGGAACAUUAGCCAGGUCUCCAUCUAUUGAUAGCAUUCAGAAAGAUCCAAGAGAAUUUGGCUGGAGAGAUCCCGAACUUCCAGAAGUGAUACAAAUGUUGCAACACCAAUUUCCUUCCGUACAGUCUAAUGCAGCUGCUUAUCUGCAGCAUUUAUGUUUUGGAGAUAAUAAAAUAAAAGCAGAGAUAAGAAGACAAGGUGGAAUUCAAUUAUUAGUAGAUCUUCUGGAUCAUCGGAUGACAGAUGUUCAUCGAAGUGCCUGUGGAGCACUAAGGAAUCUAGUUUAUGGAAAAGCAAAUGAUGAUAACAAAAUUGCACUGAAAAAUUGUGGUGGUAUUCCAGCAUUAGUACGACUACUUCGAAAGACCUCAGAUUUGGAAAUCAGAGAACUAGUAACAGGAGUUUUGUGGAAUCUUUCUUCUUGUGAUGCCCUAAAAAUGCCAAUAAUUCAAGAUGCCCUAGCAGUGUUGACCAAUGCAGUGAUUAUCCCACAUUCUGGAUGGGAAAACUCUAUACUACAGGAUGAUGGCAAAAUACAGUUACACUCAUCACAGGUGCUGCGCAAUGCCACUGGGUGCCUAAGGAAUGUGAGCUCUGCUGGAGAGGAAGCACGCAGAAGAAUGAGAGAGUGUGAUGGACUGACUGAUGCUCUACUUUAUGUAAUACAGUCUGCACUUGGAAGCAGUGAAAUAGAUAGCAAGACCAUUGAAAACUGUGUUUGCAUUCUGAGAAACCUUUCCUAUCGGCUAGCUGCAGAAACCUCUCAGGGACAGCAAACUGGAACAGAUGAACUUGAUGGAUUGCUUUGUGGUGAGACCAAUAGCAAAGAUACUGAAAGUUCAGGAUGCUGGGGGAAAAAGAAGAAAAAAAAGAAAUCCUUAGAUCAGUGGGAUGGAGUUGGCCCUUUUCCUGACUGUGCAGAUCCUCCAAAAGGCAUCCAGAUGUUAUGGCAUCCUUCAAUAGUCAAACCCUACCUCACACUUUUGUCUGAGUGCUCAAACCCAGACACCCUUGAAGGUGCAGCUGGAGCAUUACAAAACUUAGCUGCAGGAAGCUGGAAGUGGUCUAUUUAUAUCCGAGCUGCUGUCCGCAAAGAGAAAGGUCUACCAAUUUUGGUUGAACUCCUUCGAAUUGAUAAUGACAGAGUGGUAUGUGCUGUGGCCACCGCUUUAAGGAAUAUGGCCUUAGAUAUAAGAAAUAAAGAACUAAUAGGAAAAUAUGCUAUGAGAGACUUGGUGCAUCGUCUUCCUGGAGGAAACAACUGUAACACCUUAACUAGCAAGACUAUGUCUGAUGACACUGUUACUGCUAUCUGCUGCACUCUACAUGAAGUUAUUACUAAGAAUAUGGAGAAUGCUAAAGCCCUAAGAGAUGCAGGAGGCAUUGAAAAAUUAGUUGCCAUUUCAAAGAGCAAGGGAGACAAGCAUUCUCCAAAAGUAGUAAAAGCAGCAUCUCAAGUCCUAAACAGCAUGUGGCAGUACAGAGACCUCAGAAGUCUUUACAAAAAGCAGGAUUCCCCAGGCUUGACAGUGAAUGAGGAAAGCGGAUAUUCACCCACCCUUCAGUGUGAGCCAGACAACGCUCUGUAUACACUCUCCCAGGGCCAAGCGACCAGAAUCAAUUCCCAAAUUCAGGAUGGGUGGUCUCAGUACCACUUUGUAGCAUCAUCAUCGACAAUUGAAAGAGACAGGCAACGACCUUAUUCUUCAUCAAGAACUCCCUCCAUAUCUCCAGUUCACAUGUCUCCUAAUAACAGAUCCGCAAGUGCCCCAGCAUCCCCUCGGGAAGUAAUCGGCAUGAAGGAAAAAAAAGUGGACUAUGAAGCAGGAUCAAAUGCUACCUACAAAGGAGAACAUACUUCUAGGAAAGACACUAUAACAGCUCCAAGCACAGGAACCACUACUAUAUAUAGGAAUUCAUUUGGGGCACCAGGUGAUGAUGUGAAACACAACCAACCAAUUCCACAAGAAACUGGUAGAAAAGACUACGAGACCUACCAACCAUUUCAGAACUCAACAAGAAAUUUUGAAGAUUCCUUCUUUGAGGAUCAAGUGCACCACCGACCUCCUGCCACUGAGUAUAAUAUGCAUCUGGGAUUAAAGUCAACCGGCAACUAUGUCGACUUUUAUUCUGCUGCUCGACCUUAUAGUGAACUGAACUAUGAAACAAGCCACUAUCCUGCCUCUCCAGACUCAUGGGUUUGAGACGCAGAUUUAGAAUCUGUGCAUGUGCAUGCAUAACAUAAGACACUUUUCCUUGCAGAUUUAAUUUAAGACUGUUCCUUAGAAAGGCAGUAAAUAUCAUUGUGGAAAAUUGAUUGUGGUGUUUGAUUAAUGGAAAGGAGUCAAAGUGUGCUUUGAAAAAGGGGUACGAAAGCAUAUGACAAUUCUAAUGUAACAGAAGUUAGCUGCCCUUAAAUCCUACUGCUACUUUAGGAAUAAGCAUCUGUGUAAAUCAUACUCCAUACACCAGGUAUAAUGAAAAUGGUUCUGGUGUGAGGAAGUCAUAGUAGAGGCUCACAUUAGAUAUGUGUAUUGACAUAGAUUAAGCACAAGAGUAAAGUUUACAUAUUCUAUGGGGAACAGUUCUUCACAUUUUGUUUACCUUCUUUAUUGUGAACCUAGGCUUCAAGUUGCGUCAGAGGUUUCUUCUAUAUAGCAAGAUGUUUCUUGCCUUUUGUUAAUGCUUUGUUGUAAAGUAUUUGAUGUACAUUACUGAUAAAGGAUAGUGGACAGUGUAAAUUACACAGAUGCCACAGUGUUCCUUCAUGAAUGGUUCUAUAUAUUGCUUAAUUUCUUAAAGAUGAAAUAAAAAAUGUCAAUAUAUUUUGUUUUCUUUUGCCCCAGUAAGUUUUAGCGAGAUAAACAAUGGAAGGACUAAAGUACUUUUUAGCAGUAUUGUAUGGUCUAGUGAUUUUUUUUUUCGUGUGACGACUAUACAAAUUGGUAAUGUCUGACAAAUAGCAUCAUCAGUCUACACUCAACAAAGCGCUUUUUUUCAAUGCCUAAAAUUUUACAUGUAGAUAUUUGAAAUAGACUUUUUUCAUUUUUACUUACAGUAAUAAUAAUUAUACAGUGUUAAAAGAAAUAAAUUGCAAUUCAUAUGUCCUCUAUAUUUGCCAAAUGUGUAUUUAAAAAAAAAAAAUCAACAUUGAAUCAAAGAUAAGUCUGCAUGUGUGUGAAUGUUUUUAAUUUUCAUAUGACCACAGUUUAUCUUCCACAUUUCCUCCAUUUUCAAAAUAUAACACCGCACCCCCAACCACCUCCCCCCGUGCAUGAAGUAGGAAGAAUCAGUUACUUGCAUUGAUUUGUGAAAUUUUAUGACCAGGUGCCUUAGAGCUGUGAGCAUGUGAAAUAUUAUUGUAUGAUAACUCAUACUAGACGUUUAUGUUGAAAAUGCUAUUGUUCAAACAAUCUUUUUAAAUCCUAACAAAAAUGGCACACUCUCCGAGAGUGUGUAAGUCACCAAACAAGUUCGCAGUGUUUUACGUUGAAGCUCAACUAUUCAAAACUGCAGAUUUUUUUGUUUUGUACAAGCAUGCGCAAAUAGUCUUAGUUGCAGAAAGAUAAGUUAUUAAAUUGAGAUAUUAGUAUUUUAUAAUCUGUUCUUGUGAUCAUCCACAAAUUGGGAAGGUUAGGAGACUUCUUUAAUUGAAUACUAACAUGAUGGCAUUCUGAGCAAGCAAUUUUUCCAUUGUUGGGAAUAUGCAGGGGAAGUCUAAGGCAAACCCUCUGAUUUCGGCUGUAUAUUUUACUGUUUUCUACAGCAAAUAUUUCUCCUUGUGGAAACUUAUAGGCCAUUCAUACCCCAUUGGGAAUUCUGCAUAUACUUUGUCACGGUUUUGAAUGCUGAUUAAUCCCAUUCAAUGAGAAUAAUUUCUGUGCUGUCUUUCUGGCUCAUUUUCUAUGUGGAAUUUAAACCACUAAGUGAAUUUAAAAUGCAUGCAAAAAAAUUGCAUCACAGAUCAAUUUUAGAUAAAAAAAAAAACAAAAAAAAACUUUCAAAACUUAACAAUUGAAAAUAAUGCGGCUAUAUUUGUGAGUUUACCCUCUCCUAUCAGAAAAAGUUUAGCAGUACAUAAUCACAAGAAGGUUUUA